UUCCGUCUGAUUCACACCAAAGAAAAACGAAACCAGAUUUUGAGACCCGUUGCACAGCUUACGACUCUCAAGUCUCGACUCUUCUCUGUCUCUAUCUCUAUAAUCAAAUUUUCUUGCAGUUUCCGGCACAUUCUCAACUGCUUUCCUAGCGAAUCUCCGACCAGUCCAGAUAGAUGGCAAAUAAGACAAAUGAGGAUUCCUAUCACAAACUCUCAAGGAAAGAGCUCCAAAGUUUGUGCAAAAAGUAUGGGUUGCCUGCUAAUAGAUCACAUUCAGGAUUGGCAACAUUACUAAUCUCUUACCUAGAGGAGAUGUCGCCCUCUCAGCUUGUUGUCCAAUGUGAUAGAAGUGAUAUUAAUCAUAGAGAGUCCCUGAGAGAAAGCUUUGAUAACACACAAUUGGGCUUGGCAAGAGAUGGCACAGUGGAGAAUGUGCCUGGGAUAAAUUGUAGAAAGAUGCAUGUUGAUGCAUGUCCUGCAGAAAAUGUUAUUGCGCCAUCUAUGAAAAGUUCAUGCGUUCCUUCCCCUUCUUUUCAGUUUUAUGUCAUGUCAGAAGAGGGGAUUAAUCUUCAUGUUGAUCUGAAUUCAAGCCCAUCAGAUUGGACUAAGAGGUUGAAAAAUGAGGUUUACAUUUCUGAGGGUGUUCACAGGGACAGGUCACGAAGUCUUCUUUGCGACCUUGGGAAAUUUGGAGAGACCGAUAUAGAAAUGAACAAUUCGUUUAUAUUGAAUAUAGAGCCUGGCCAAAUUAACAAUGCUCAUGUACUGACAAGAUCUUCUGCAAGUUUGGGAAUGACAGAAAAUGAUCAUCUGGGGUUUGAACAACCAGAUAAAUGUGAUGCAUCUUUACCGUCCUCUGCAAUAAUGCCAUGCAUAGAUAAGUUAAAUAAUUUGAAGAGAGAUCAAAUGCAUGUCUCAUCUGAACCCAAUUUCAAUGCGCACAACCAGAUAGAUUCUGCUACUAAGUCCUGCGAUAAAGAUCAUUGUACUGUAAUCCUUGAUUCAAAUGUCAGUGUCACUCCACAGUUAAAGUCAGUAAGUAAUUCUGUUAUCAACCCAAUGUCUGAUGGUCCGUUAAGUCCUCUCACAUUAAAGGAUCAAACUUCAAAGCGUGGUGAUGAAAUUUUUGAAAACUCAAGUCUGCAGAACAGUUCUAGUCUUGUGAAUCCCUGUGUCGUAUAUCCUGGAUUCUCGGCUGGUGCUUCUAUGGAAAUGCCAACAUCAGAAGUUGCAAGUUGCCUUAAAGAUGCAUCAUGUUCAUCUUGUGAAAAUGGUAAUUCUGUUAUCAAACCAAUAUUUGAUGGUCCACUAAGUCCUCUCACAUUAAAGGAUCAAAAUUCAAAGUGCGGUGAAGAAAAUUUGGAAAACUCUAGUCUUCAGAACAGUUGUCUUGUGAAUCCCAGUGUGGUUUAUCCUGGAUUCUCGACUCGUGUUUCUGUGGAAAUGCGAACAUCAGAAGUUGCAAGUUGCCAUAAAGAUGCAUCAUGUUCACCUUGUGAAAAUGGUGGCUCUCUGGUUUUAAUUGAUUUGAAACACAAAACAGAAAAGGAAGGUGGAUUGGCCAACUCAAGUGAGCAUAAUGGUGACAGUUACAGGAAUCUUUCGCCAACAAGUGCUUCUAUGGAAAUGCCAACAUCAGAAGUUGCAAGUUGCCGUAAAGAUGCAUCAUGUUCACCUUGUGAAAAUGGUGGCUCUCUUGAUUUAGUUGAUCUAGAGCACAAAACAGAAAAGGAACUAGGUGGAUUGGCCAACUCAAGUGAGCUUAAUGAUGAAACUUACAGGAAUCUUUCGCCAACAACCAUUGAAGAAUGGGAUAGGAGCAACAUAAUCAAUGGAAGGGAAUGCUCAGAAUGCUCCCAAAUCGAUAACUCCGUUGAAAGGACCUGCUUAAGCUCUAACGACACUGAAUGUAAAGAACCUCCUAAAAAGAGGAAACAUACAGAUGGAGAAGAUCAAAGUUCCUAUCCUAAACCUGAUGCAAAGAUUUUAAGAAGCUCGAAACACAUUGCCCGUAAAGUACUUCCCAGAAGAUCGAUGCGGUUAAUAUCUAAGGUCUCUGCAUUCUUUGGGGAACGUUAUACUGACAGAAAGCACAGGGUAGUCAUUAAACUCAUUCUCAUAUAUUUCAGAAGUUACAAAGCCAAUCGUGACUCUCUAUCAACAGAAGAUUUCAUCAUUGAUGUUGUGUAUUCAAUUUUUAAAAACUGGACCUUGUAUCAAUCUAUUCUUCACUUUUAUUUCUUAUGGAGAUGACAUAUCUCUCUGUGCCAGUUGAUUGUAGAGAUAAACAAAGCUUGGGUUGAGUGUCUACACCAUAUUGUUUAGUCAGAGUCGUAUACGAUUUCCAUAUUGCACUGUUGCACCUGUAACAUAGACCUACUAAUAAGCAACUUUUAUUAAAUUCAAUGGUCUAUAUGGGUUUCAUUGUA